AUGUCUCCUAAAGGUAAAAAACUUAAACAAUCACCUCUAUCAAAAGAACCUAUUCCUGAUGACGGUUUUUCUUUUGUUAGACAAUAUAAAUCAAAUGUCAUCAUCGAGAUUGAGAUCAAACCCAAUGCUAAAACUAGUGAGCUCCAAGGAGUUGAAGAUGGUAUAUUAAAGGUAGCUAUUGAUGCACCCCCAAUUGAUGGAAAAGCUAAUACUGAGGUUAUUGCUUUUAUGGCUUCUACAUUUGGAAUAAAAAAAUCUAAUGUAAGUCUUAUUAAAGGACAAACCUCUCAUCAUAAAACACUUCAAUUUGAAAAUUGGACAAGAGAAAAAGUACUUCAGAUUAUUCAAUCCAAAUAA